CACCGGAAGUUGCUUGCUGGCGUCACUUCUGUCAACACUCCCCCCUUCCGUGACGUGUUAGUCCUGCGCCGACGCGCUGAGCCCAGAUUGCAGUAGCCGGAGUGGCCCUCGGCGCUGUGUGCCCAGUCCAAGGCGGCUCAGCGGCUCCCGUGUGUUUAAUGUCCCUCCUGGUGGCGGCGCUCCUAUCCAGAGAUCAGAAGGGCGAUAGGAUAAGAUUCGGUGACGUCACAAGUGAGCGACACAGUAAAGCGAGACCCCUCCCCCGGAAGUAGGCUGACUGGAGCAACGUGCUUAGUAGAGGGAGACUGUCGGCUGAGGUUGGUACUUUUCCGAUCGCCGUGAGGGGAUCAGGGGCUAUAACAGCCGGCCUAUUGCUGGGGUGGGGGAGGUAAGCCGAGCAGGGUGGGAGAACUGAAUCUGCAGACACGCCUCCUGCUCACUGAUCGAUAAUGGUCAGGAGGUCAGUAGGCUGGGAGGCUAUUAUCAUCUCCUUUGUCACCUAAAUCCCAUACUCUCAAUAUGGUGCCCUCUAUUCUGCGCACUCACACUGUCUGUGAAUGCAGGGCGCCAGAGAAAACAUUACGGAAUAUAAGACGCAGAUAUCUAUUCCAAUUAAUAAUUUAGAGAAAAAUAAAGCACCCAGUACAGUAAACUACAUCAUAUGUCUAUAGGGGAUGUAGCAAGUGCAUUCCUACCAGCUGUCCCUAUUUUAGGCUCAGAUCCCUUUUGUCCCUCCUUUCUGACCCAAAGUCCAUCUUUUCUGGGAGCUCCAUAUUGAGCAUAUCCCUGUCUCGUCUUUCCUCCAAGCUAUACAUGUUAAGAUCCUUUAACCUUUCCUGGUAAGUUUUAUCCUGCAAUCCAUGAAUCAGUUUAGUAGCCCUUCUCUGAACCCUCUCUAAGGUAUCAAUAUCCUGCUGGAGAUACGGUCUCCAGUACUGUGUACAAUACUCCAAGUGAGGUCUCACCAGUGUUCUGUAUAAUGGCAUGAGCGCUUCCCUCUUUCUACUGCUAAUACCUCUCCCUAUACAACCAAUAGAAACAUAGAAUAAAAACCAUUCAAAGCUGGUACUGAAAAGGGACUCCACACUGGGGACUAUAACUACAAGGACUUUCUUGAUUCGGAUUGUGAAUCCGAUGAGGAGUACUACUAUUAUGAAGAGAUGCUGCAAUGUUUCAUUGCAGGGCUAACCUAGACUAUAUCGACUGUUAAACUGACUCAACCUCCUGCUAUACCCUCUUUAUGACUCUCAUGUGUCCAACAAUUCCUAACUUGUAGUUUCAUGAUGCAUUGUGGACUCCAUAUUUGUAGCCGCCUCCGCUAUGGCGAUGACUGACUAUAGGGAACAGGUGCUGGAAAAGUCUAAGGAAAUAUAAAAUAUAUAAGUAACAACUGCGAUUGUGUAGUGCAUAAUUUAAAAGGAGACAUAUGAAACCAUGAUUAAAGAGACACUCUAAACACAAAAACAGUGUUGGCUUAAUGAAGCAGUUUUGUUGUAUAGAUUCUGUAGGGGUCAAAAUUUCCACUCACCACAUAGAUCAUGCCUCUGGAGUCUCGGUGUUAAAUUCUUUGCCAUUUAGGUAUUUACAAUUACUAUUGUUUACACAGCAUGGAAUGAAAAAAAAAACAUUCAGAUCUUACAACACAAUGUGUUUGCUUUAGACAUUAUCUCCUGCUCUGUUAAUUGAACUUGCCAUCAGGCAAUUAACAUAGUGCGGUUAAUAACUUUUAAUUUAAACACACUGUGAUAAGGAACGCUUAAAGGAGCACUAUAGUGCCAGGAAAACAAACCUGUUUUCUUGGCACUACAGGGUUAUUAGGUCCCCUCCCACUGCGCUGCAGGGGUUAAAACUCCUUCAGCCACUUACCUUAAUCCAGCGCUGGACUCCCUCGGCACUGGUGACCUCUCCUUCCCCUCCCGAGUGGAGCCGAAUGCGCAUGCACGGCCAGAGCAGCACGUGCUUCCAAACCACCCAUAGGAAAGCUUUACUCAAUGUUUUCCUAUGGGGUUCUGAACUCACGCUGCGCAAGUUCAAUGCGUUUUUCACACUGAGAAUCGCAGAAGCGGUUUCAGGGAGACUGCUACUAGAGGCUGGAUUAACCCCUUAAGGACUGAACCAAAUGUACACAUUGUGAUCAAAACGUAAACAAAAACUUGGAAUUUGACUAUAUGUCUGUUCAACCGUAAUUCGACUUUUAUAUUAAGUGCACCCACAGUUAUUUUAUAUAUUUUAUUCAUGGGAAACAGGGCUUUCAUCUAACAUCCAAUAUUUAGCUAUGAAACAUUUUAAUAUGAAUAAAAUAUUUUUAAAAAGGGAGAAAAUAAGAAUUUAAAAAAAAAAUGUUUAGUUCUACGUGACAUUCUAACUGUGAGUGUCAUAAUACUGUUUUCUUUUACUACAAUAAAAUACUUGUAUUACAUAUUUGUAUUCAGCGAUGUCUCUCGUGUAAAACAGUACCCCCUAUGUACAGGUUUUAUGGUGUUUUGACAAGUUACAGGGUCAAAUAUAGCAUGUUACAUUUUUUUCACAUUGAAACUCGCCAGAUUGGUUAUGUUGCCUUUGAGACCGCAUAGUAGCCCAGGAAUGAGAAUUACCCCUAUGAUGGCAUACCAUUUGUAGCCACUUAGUCACAAACACUGACCAAAAUUGGCAUUCAAAUUAGUUUUUUGCAUUUUUCACACACAAACAAAUAUUAACACUAACUUGGGCCAGUGUUUGUGAUUUAAGUGACUACUAAAAAAGACUGGACAUACCCCAUUUGCAAUACCUUGAGUUGUCUACUAUUGCAAAUGGUAUGCCAUCAUUGGGGUGAUUUUCAUUCCUGGGCUACCAUAUGGUCUCAAAGGCAACGUAACCAAUAUGUCGAAUUUCAGUGUGGAAAAAAUUGAAACGCAAGCCUUAUAUUUGACUGUAACUUUUAAAAACACCAUAAAACCUGUACAUGAGGGGUACUUUUAUACACAGGAGACUUCGCUGAACACAAAUAUUAGUUUUUCAAAAUGGUAAAACGUAUCACAACAAUUCUGUUGUUCGUGUAAGUGCCAUUUGUGUGUGAAAAAUGCCCAAAAUUUCACUUUCACUGACGAUAUCAUCGUAAUACAUUUUACUGUUUUGAAACACUAAUAUUUGUCUUCAGAGUAAAACAGUACCCCCCUGGCACAGGUUUUAUGGUGUCUUGGAAGUUACAGGGUUAAAUAUAGUGCUAGCAAAUUAAAUUCCCUGGACUUUUGGCCUGGGUUGUCAGGCAGGUCCCACAAAUUCUAAUUGAUAAAAUGACCUAAAUAUGUAAAAUUAUUACAUAAAUAUAUACGUAGAAUUAUAUAUAUUUAAGUGUGUGUGUGUAUAUGUGUGUAUGUAUGUAUAUAUAUAUAUAUAUAUAUAUAUGUGUGUGUGUGUUUGUGUGUGUGUGUGUGUGUGUAUAGAUAUAUAUUUCGUUCUACGUGUAUUUUGAUAUCAAUCUAUAUAUUAAUUUUAAAAUACAGUUAGAACAAAUUUACACAUUUUUCUAAUGCAUUUACAUAUUUAUUUUAUAUUAUAUAUAUAUAUUUUUUUAUUUUUUUUUAAUCAAUGUCAUUCUACGUGUAUUUUGAUAUUAAUUUUAUAUAUAUAUAUAUAUAUAUAUAUAUAUGAAAAUACAUUUAGAGACUUAGACUAUUUUUUUUUUUUUUAACAGGCAGCAUGGGGAGUACCUGUCAUUACAGGCACCCCCUGCUGGCAUUGCUGUGGACGGCUAUACCAUCCAUGUGAUCGUGAGGUCCUCGCAAGGAUCUCGCAAUCACAUGGCCCAGUUGGGCCAAAACGUUGCCAGGUGAAUCCCCACAUCGCGAUCGCCGAUGACCAGGUAAGUAGAGAGGACGGCGGGGACGUGCUAUGCCGCCCCCCAGCAUUUAGAGCCGGGUCCCCAAGGACUGCAUAGCACGCCCGCCGUCCUUAAGGAGGUUAACCCUGCAAUGUAAACGUAUUUUUCAAUAAAUGUUUAGGGAGGCUGUGUAAGUGUGGCUAGGGCUGCAUAAGCAAAGUAAUUUAACUUCUAAGUGACAGAAAAUUGGAGCAGUGAGAGUGCAGCGGCAUGCUCUGUACACCCAAACCACUUCAUAAUUACAUAGCUGAAAAGUGACUUGCGUCCAUCAAGUUCAGCCUUCUUCACAUUUGUUUUUUGCUGUUGAUCAAAAAGAAGGCAAAAAAAAACCCAGUUUGAAGCACUUCCAAUUUUGCAACAAGCUAGGAAAAAAUGCCUUCUUGACCCCAGAAUGGCAGUCAGAUUUAUCCUUGGAUCCUUCAUUGAGGUAAAGUUGUUUUGGUGCUUAGUGUCCCUUAUGUUUAUCUUUUAAACAUGCUCAUAUAUCUACACAUGUGUGAGAAAGACAAUAAGUUAACUUGUACUCAUUCUCCCUGUAAAUCUGUUUAGGAGGUACACAGGCUUUUGGGAGUAUUGUAAGUGUACAUGAGUUAGGUGAGGAAUUUUGAUAAAAGUUCAAAUUUCUAUGGGAAAUAGUACAGUAUGAAAUUCCAGUAGAAUGUUGUUGUUUUUUGUUUGUUUAAUGAAUAUUCUGUGAGAGAUUUAGAAGUGAUAGGGGUGCUUUAAAAAACAUUAGCUCUAAAGUGUCUGAAAACUAUCACUCCUUGUGAUUGUAGGUUCUUUGGAAUGGAUUAUAUAUCGAAUCCUGGAGCUGUUACCCUUGCAGCUGGAAUAGCUUGUGGUGUUUUUCUAGGCUGGACUCUGAGAGGCCGAUUUGGUUGCUCCCGAACCAUCAGGACUGUGGCUGCAAAUGAUGCAGGAAGUGAAGCAAGUGUUAUGGGAGAACGAGGCGAAUUUAAAAUGAUACUGGUUGUCCGCAGUGAUUUAAAAAUGGGCAAAGGUAAAGUAGCUGCACAAUGUUCACAUGCUGCAGUGUCUGCUUACAAACAACUACUUAAGAGAAAUCCUGAUCUACUCAAGCAGUGGGAAUAUUGCGGACAGCCUAAGGUGGUGGUUAGAGCACCAGAUGAAGAAGGUUUGAUAGAACUCCUCACUCAAGCUAAAGAGUUGGGAUUGACUAUUAGCUUAAUCCAGGAUGCCGGCCGUACUCAAAUUGCUCCAGGAUCCCGAACUGUGCUUGGUGUGGGACCGGGACCUGCUGAUUUAGUUGAUAAAGUGACUGGUCAUUUAAAACUUUACUAAUGUUAAUGCCAUAUGUGUUUCUAUUGAAACAAACAUAUGUAUCAUAGUUUACAACAUAAUCUUUUUUUGGGAUGGCUAACAAGAACAGUUUAAAACUGAAACCGUGUGAAAUGGUAUUAAUGUUUACAUCUUUAAAUUACAUCAACAAAUGUAUUCCAUUCCUACAUGCAUUUUAGAUGGGGUGAUUACAAAUCAAUGAUAUUUUUUAUUUUAUUUUUUUUAAUCUAAAUUUAUUAAUUAAAUGCUUUGAAGAAAAUAAACAUCUAAAGAUAGAUUUCAGUUUAAAAUACAUUAUAGUCCAAAUAUUAUUCAUCAUGAAAAAGGGAUUUGUUUUUAAUUAUGAAGCACGAGUCUGUAUAUUCAUAUGGUGUUUUCCUUUUUCGGUAAAUGAAUUCCAUGGCAACAAAAGCUUAGAGAAACGCCGAAGUUUGCCCUUCGGUACAUCCCCACUCAGGUCUCAAAAAAAUAUUUUACUCACUUGUGCAAUUACAGUGUGAACAUAUACAAUUUGCAUGUCAAACUGAUCUCUUUCAUCAGGGCAGACCAGAACCGAAAUGCCAGCAAGUUAUCUCUGCAAGAGAGAGACAGCAACCCUGGAUGACUUUUUCUGCGUUGUUUGAGCCUCAUCAGUGAGGUGUAUCUGAUACCAUUCUUGCCACAGUGAGCUAUAUGUCACUAAUGAGGCCUGACAAGGCCAAAAUGAUUAUCUGUGCAGAGAGAGCCGGCCUGCAGUUUGCAUCUGGACCACUGUUUUGGUUGGAUUAGUCUGAUCUGCAAAUGGCCUAGGUUCCCUUUGUAAUGGCUAGGGAUGCACUGAAAUUAAAAUUCUGGGCCGAAAAUGACUUAUUUUUUUCCCUAUAAUUUUUAUUAAUAUUAGACUUUUUAAUGAAUUUAAUUAAUCUAAUAUGAAAAACUUCCCUUCUCUUUUAGUGCCCCCGCACCCCCUUAUUGUUUUUCUCUAGUGUUCCUCUCCCCUCCCUCUUUUGUAGUGUUUUCAUGUUAUCAUUACUAUCUUUCGUUGUGAUAUAUAAUCAUCGGAAAUGUUAAUGCAAGCAUGUCUGUUAAACUAUGCACUACAAAAAUCUUUUAAAAUAAUUCAUUUUUCUUUUUAAAUUUUUGCAAAUUUGACCCGUUUUUGGGCAAAAUGAGAGAGGCCCAUUUUCAGCCGAAAUUUCAGUGCAUCCCUAGUAAUGGUACAAGAUGAGCUAAAGCUAGUUUAAGUUCUGAGUGUGGACCCACUGAAGGACAAGGUACUUGAGCCGUUGUCUGUUCUCAGUAUUUUCUUGCACACUGUUUUUUUGUUUAUUUUGCUCACCCUAAAUUAGUUCUCCGUGUCGUGCUCUCCUAGAGGUUAGAUUUGCGGUUCUCAAAACUGAUAUUGUCUCCAGAAAUUACGUGUAUAAAAUAAAUUUAUAGACCGGGUUAUUCACUAAAGUUAGAAUUCAAAGUGAAUUUCAAAAUCAUGGUAAAAUAGCCAAACUGGAAUAAUUUACUAUGUCACCUAUACUUCCAGUUCAGCAAGUUUGGCUAAAAUUCACUUUGCAUUAUCACUUUAGUGCAGUAGUUUCCAAACCUGUCUUCAAGACACACCUACCAGUCCAGGUUUAGGGAUUACCCAUUUUUAUUAAUCUAUAAAUGCUACCGUGUAAGUAUUAAGAUAAUGACAUCCAGCCAUAGUGACCAGGAAAUUUGUCCUAGCUCCGGGAUUUGUAAGCACAUUCCUUCCAAGUCGGGCAGCCAGCUAAGUGUAAAGUAGAUGAGCGGCAAGGGAGCUGUGGUCCCUCUGCAUCACUAAGCAGUGCACAACAGAGUGGAGCUCCCUUGCUGCCUGCCUACAGUAUGCACAAUCAUCUGCCAGCCUCCACUCUCACCCAGCCAGCUGCUAAAUGGAAUCCAGGGAAAGCCAAUCCAAUGUUUCCAAAGGUAGAGAGGCUGGGUGGACUUUGAAUUAAAACAUAUAAUAAUUUGUGCGAGUGUUUGUAUAUUUAGGUGACCAGCUGCCUGGAUCACAUGGUCAUGUGAUAGUUUCUUUUUUUUACUCAGCAUUUUUUCCUGUGCCGUCUUAGUCUGCCUGCGGCUGGCCCCAUCUCUAUUGCUGCAGUCAUCGAGCUUGAUGAUCUCCUCAUUAAAAGGUAUUGGAAAGCUACUGUGCAUGCGCUGCAAAAUGCUGCGCCAAUCAGCAUCUCCUCAUAGAGAUGCAUUUAAUCAAUGCAAAUCUAUGGGGAAUGUUCAACACCUCCAUGCAGAGCGUGGAGAUGCUGAAUGUAGGCACUGAGAUAGAAAGUACUUUAGUGGCUGUCACUAGGCAGCAAUGUAAACAUUGUCUUUUUCUCUGAAUAGGCAGUAUUUACAGUGAAAAGCCUACAGGGACAGGCUAUAAAUACCAGAAACAUUAUAUUACACUGUAGUGGCCCUGGUGACUAUAGAGUCCCUUUAAGAAUUGUAUUUUUCUCUUUAAAAAUAAAGCUUUGUAAGACAUAAACUAAAAAAACUGGUCUUAUUUUUUUUUUUUUUAGCUGGCUGUUAGAUUCAAAGCAAAUUUGUCAAGUCCUGCUUUUGAUUCUCAGAUUCGCUGCUUCAUAUUCUUUGGGGGGGGGAAAUGAAUGAGAAGCAGCCAGCCUGUAAUUUACAUAAAGAUGUACAUGCAAGAAAACACAGAAUGACAGCAGUUUCAGCAACAUAUCACGCAUAAAAAAUAAAUACAUAAAUUAGGGUUUUGCUCAUGUUGCUUUAUCAUAAUGUUUCUUUUUCAUAGAGUCUAGGCUGGGGUGAGACCCCUUUUGUUAAAUUUGGCAUAUUAUAUUCAUCAAGAACUGCUUGCGGUAGUUUGUUUGUAGCAUCUCUCGCUUUCCCAGUGUAAUGAAGACAUAUAUAAGACUGAAUAGUAUUACACAUCAGGCCUGUCUACCAACAAGAAACCUAAAAGGAAAAAAACUGAACAGCUGGAAAUUGAACACUGAUUGUUAACUUGUACAUAAAGCUUGUAAAUGGUCUCGUAAUAGUGCAUGCUUUUUGUUAUCUGACACGUUUGCAAUUUCAUCAGCACCCUGUACCAGACAACAUAUAACUGGCUUAGACGCAGCUAUGCGAGUGUUGUUAUAGUGCCGUAAUUAAAGUCAUACAGCAAAUGAGUUCUAGUUUGCAUACAGGGAUUUACCACAUGAAUAUACAAGCUACCUCAAAUCCCAUGUUGUAUGAUGGUGAUGGGAGUUACAGCACUGUAAUGCAGGCAUAGUGGUAGUUGGGCAGCUUAGGGUUAGAAUUAGAGGUUAAUACACAGAAAACAAGAACAGGUUGCACCUCGUGGUUUACAAAGGAAAUUUGCAAUAAAAAAAUCAAUGCAUAAUUAGAAAGUAUAUAUACUUGAAAUUUGUAGAAUAUAUAUAUC